AUGUCCGAAAAAAUUGAAAAGCCACGGGUCCGUAAGACCUCGAUGUAUCGCUACGAUGCCUCGACAGAAAUAGGAGUUCGUCCUGACGCAAAGGCACACAUCGACCUCAACAACAACCCAAACGCUACGAUAUCAAACCCCUUAGCGAAUAUCCCCCGCGAGCAUCUUCUCGACCAGGUCACUCGGUUUUCCGAAUGGAACGAUCUGUGCGAAUACGUUCCCCUCAUGCGCAAGGGGGCUCUCGUUGCCAAGGAUCCCGUUAGUUUCGAGGAUAUCGAGGGCCCGGAGGCGCUUGAUGCCGAGGAGGUUGAGGCUCUGAGGAGGGAGGUCACGCAUAAGUGGAAAAUCCCUAAGCUCCUUUAUCUAACUAUAUUCGCCUGCUCUAUAGGAGCGGCUUUUGGUAUCGGUGGGAAUUCGGACCGUGAUGUGCUACUUGUCGGUCUCAUCAACGCGGCUCCUUAUAUUGGGUCGGCGCUUAUAGGUUGUUGGCUUUCGGAUCCGCUCAAUAACCGCUUUGGACGUCGAGGAACUAUAUUUAUUUCCGCCAUCAUCUGCUUGAUAGCUCCCAUACUUGGGGCUCUUACCUGGAAUUGGAAACAAUUCUUAGUGUCGAGACUGCUUCUCGGUGUUGGCAUGGGACUCAAAGGCGCUACCGUACCGAUAUAUGCUGCUGAGAAUAGUCCUGCAUCUAUUCGCGGAGCCUUGGUGACAUCGUGGCAGAUGUGGACUGCAUUCGGCAUCUUCCUCGGAUGUUCUGCUAAUUUGGCAUUUGGUCAAGUUGGCAAAAUCGCCUGGCGACUCCAGGUCGGUUCGGCCUUCAUCCCAGCAAUUCCUCUAACGUUCCUCAUAUUAUUCUGCCCGGAAUCGCCGCGAUGGUACAUCAAAAAAGGCCGGAUCCGAGAUGCUAUAAAAUCGCUCUUACGACUCCGCAAUCAUCCUCUCCAGGCAGCUCGCGACCUUUACGCUAUCCAUUUCCAGAUAGAGAUCGAAGAUGAAACCAUUCCCGAGUCAACUUACGUCAAAAGGGUCAUCCAGCUUUUUACAAUCCCUCGAAUUAGAAGAGCUACCUUGGCCUCCUUUGUGGUUAUGAUAGGCCAACAGAUGUGCGGUAUCAAUAUCAUAGCCUAUUAUUCUUCUACCGUCUUCAAAGAAGCAGGGGCGUCGGAUUUCAACGCCCUUCUUGCAUCUUGGGGUUUUGCCAUUUGGACGAUUGAUACCUUCGGCCGACGCCCCCUACUCCUUUUCACAUUUCCCAAUAUGGCGUGGUCUUUACUGGCUGCCGGUUUAUGUACACUUAUCUCUAAGACCUCGGCAGCUCACACUGGCCUGGUAGCGCUAUUCGUAUACGUGUUCGCCAUGUUCUAUUCGCCGGGCGAGGGUCCCGUUCCGUACACGUAUAGUGCAGAGAUCUUCCCGCUCUCGCACCGCGAGGUUGGUAUGGCGUGGGCUGUUGCAACCUGUCUUUUCUGGGCUGCCGUGCUGUCGAUCACGUUUCCGAAGAUCCUUGCAGCUACAGGUGUUUUGGGCGCCUUCUGUCUAUACGCGGGGUUCAACAUGAUAGCUUUCAUCAUGAUCUUUCUAUGGAUGCCCGAGACGAAGCAGCGGACCCUAGAGGAGCUUGAUUACGUCUUUGCCGUGCCUAUGAGCGUGUUUAUCAAAUACAAUUGCACUAAAGUGGUACCAUGGUGGUUCAAACGCUACGUUUUACGGCAACGCGGGGCUGGUCUCGAACCCCUUUACCACUUUGAUAGACUCGACGACACUGCUCCUCCGAAUUUUGUGGUACAAUAUGAAUCGACAACGGACAGUGACACGGGGGCUAUUUCUAAUACUGCAGUGUGUGCUACUACCCAGGGCACCCAAAGCAGUGCUACAACCACCGGUACCGACGCUGUUGAUGUAAUUUAUCAGGCCAGAAGUGAAGUAGCUGCUUCCCGCCGCUUCUCGUGGCACGGUCCUGGUGUUCAUAGACAUCCAGCUCACGCUGACACAUACCCUAUAUAUCCUAUGUAG